CGGAUCGCCACAGGGCUCGGCAUCACCUGGAUCCUUGGGAGAAUCCUCUAUGCCUACGGCUACUACACAGGAGAUCCAAAAAACCGAAGGAGGGGGGCCAUGGGUUCAGCUGCCCUCAUUGGGCUGGUGGGCACGGGCGUGUAUUCAGCUUGCCAGCACCUCGGCUGGAUCGCCCAGGACUGA